AUUACUACUUACUAAUCGUUGGAUGGCCAUGAAUGGCUUCUUCACUAUUCUGGCCAUCUCUUCAUGGCUAUGCUCUGGAAAUACUACAAGAUACAGUAUACAAUGUUCCAACUGAGCUAUCGGCUUACCUCUUAGGCCUCAGCUCCACGUCCGACUGGUUUCAGGAAAUGAUUAUAGGGGGGCGCUUCGUACCCACAGGUUCGCCACGAUGUCACUGUCGCCCUCGGCACGGUCAUCGACGGCGCCAAUUUUAUUUUGCUGCCAUGUAUGAGUAGGUAUUAUUAGGCGUUAGAUGACCGCACUCUUUUACUAUUUUCUCUUUCUCCCUCUUGCUUUCUCUAUGUUUUCGAUCCCCAUACAAGCCUUCAUGCCGCUCUUCUCUGUUUGUCUGCUUUGACGCUUUCGCUCUCUCUCACAACGAAAACAAUGGACACCGACUCCAAAUAUUACCUCUCGACUCGUCCCAGUGAGGCCUCGUUACGCCCAAGUGACGCCUCGAUGCGUACGAUUAAGAGUAUGGACCAAUUGAUUGAGGGCGACCCUCUGAACAACAACCGACACGCGGAUGGCCAGAACUCUCGUGGUCCCCAGCGCCAGCCAUGGCAACCCGGUAUUUGGCAUCGACUUCCAUGGGUCCCUUUCACUUCCCUCAUCGGAAGCACGCUCUGCGCGAUUGGAGGUAUCAUCGUACUGAUCACCAGCGACCGAAAAAGCACUUCAGCAUGGGACGAAAAGCUUCAUUUGCAACCCGCUGUGUAUCUAGCUAUUCUUUCGGUCCUUGCCAAUAUUUUUCUCGUGUUCGCGCUCGCCAAAGGGUUGGUCAUAACUUUUUGGACUGCCGCACUGGACGGCUGCACUCUCGCUGAUCUUCAUUACAUCUGGGACUCUGGCACUUCAUUCUUUGGUGCUAUCCAAGGUGUGUCCCACAAGAAGGCCGUUAUAGUUUCGAUCGCUUGCAUCUUCACCGUUAUUUCCGAGCUCCCUAAUACCUUUGGGGGGUAUCCAGUCCUAUCUAGGGCUGCCGUUCGACAGACCGCACGACUGACGCCAAAUCUAACCCAGGUUUUGCAGGAGUAUUCGCAGCGGCAAACAAUAGAGCUCACCCAUUCUGGUUGCGGCCAACAAUGCGAUGCCACCAUCAAGGGCUUUGGCUUUCGAGUCAACUGCAGCGAGCAGGUUGAGUAUGAAGAUGUCGUAAAAGUUGGUACCUACCAGACCCUGUUCGCGUCCUGGGCUUCUCUUAAUUGGACUUCUAACGACUUUUACAACCCGGUGCCUUCGUUCAUCACACUGAACGCAAGGUAUCGAGUCGAUGAUGUCCCUGUCGAAACGAAUGCGACUACCCAUGCUGCCAAAGUGUCCUUCAAGCGUCACUCCUGCGACCUUCACGGGGGCGUCACCGCGUAUCAGCUCAAUCUGACUGCCCACUCCGUCAACUUCAAAUACCCCGACUGGCGUUCUGACGCCUUCGAAAGAGAAGUCGAGCUUCUAGGACCGACCAAUCAGCCAACUGGUGGGCCCAACGUUAUCGGCGGCUUCCAGAAGGCCAUAGACACCCUGUUCAACUCGACAGCUAUCUACUUCCUUGGUGGUGCUGUUUCGUCGACUGACUUGACAGGAAAUCUGGCCAACCAGUAUGUCAAGGACAAUGGUAGGCCCUAUGACCCACUGUUCACUUUUAACGAUCCAAUGGAAGAAAUGUUGAUUGCUGUCCGCGAACUUUCAUUGCGUGCGUCCAUAGCAGCUGCAAACCAAGCCUGGUCCCAUGCGCAAGGAAACAACACGGCGAUGACUUUGGCCCAAAACACUUACCAACAGAACGUGACAUACCAUGGGUAUUACUUCGACGACAUAUACGUUACGGACCGGGUAUACUUGGCCGUCUCUGCACUAGUCUCUCUUUUAGGUAUAGUUGCUGUUGCCGCGACAUUCUGGGGGUACUGGAAUCUUGGCCGCAAUGUAUCGCUGUCGCCCUUGGAGAUCGCGAAUGCGUUUGACGCUGAUGUUCUAAGCCACCUUGGCGACAAUGCUGAAAGUGCGACAUUGGCGAAGUAUGUCAAAGGUGACUACGUUCGCUAUGGCGAAAAGCAUAUGCCACUACCCGAAGGACGCAUGACUAGAUUGCGGUUUGUACGAGGCCCGGAGGCAAACCGUCCGUAUAGGAACAUGUACUACUAG